AUGCCGCCAAAGUCGAAAGCCAAAGUCGCCGCCGCUCCUGAGGGCUUUACGCCCGAGAGGUUCGAAAAAGAGCUCAAGAGCCUUGCCGCCAAAGCAAAGGGCGAGACCAAGGGCCGGUUCUUCCAGAAGCAGGCUUCGGCGUACCUCAAGUCGGCCACUCUUCUCACCCUCGCCGCCGUCUACAGCAACGUCUCGCAACUGGCUCUCUCGCCCGUCUACGGCUCCAUCCCCUCGUCGAUAUAUCAUGCCAAGCUCGUCAUGGUUGCCUGCUUCUUCGGCUGGGCCGGCAACAUGUUUCUGAACCGCUCUCUGCGCUUCCACCCGGCCAAGCUGCUGCCUGUCCUCGCCCUCUGGGUUCCCGCCAUCCAGUUUUACCUGUACCAGACGAGCGGUGCACUCACGGCAUACUGGGGCCCUCUGGUCAUGGAGGCCGCCACGCUGUUGCCCCUGAUUGUGAUCUCGGUGAGCUGCGUGGCGACUGAGCUCGAGAAGGCCGACCUUUCGAAGCUGCCCAAGUUCAUUGCCGAUGCAGGCCCUGGCCUGGGAUCGUGGGGGCUUUUCAAGUUCGUCGAGAAGUGGUCGGGAGAGUACCUGCAGACGUAUAUCGGCAGGUCUUUCUUCCAGACCAGAAUCGGUCUUGAGGCGCUUCUGGCUGCCGCGUACUCCGUAUAUGCGCCGUCCAAGCUGCUGCUUCUCGCCGUCCCGGCUGUCCUGCACACGGCCGUGUUGAACACGCAUGUCCUGACACCCAUGGCGUCCGCGUCGCUCAACAGCACCCUGCAGGCCAGCAACUGGACCCUGCUGGACCGUAAGGAGUCCCUCACCGGCUACGUCUCAGUUCUUGAGAGCGAAGAGCACGGCUACAGAGUCAUGCGAUGCGACCAUUCUCUCCUCGGCGGCGAGUGGGUCAAGCACAAGGGACCCCGAGUUGCGGAGCCCAUCUACGGCGUGUUCGUGAUGCUGGAGGCCGUCCGGCUCGUCAAGACUGCGGAGGCGGUGCCCGACAGCGAAGCCAAGGCCCUCAACAUCGAGUCCAGCGGUCUCGGCAUCGGCACGACACCGGCUGCUCUUGUCGCUCACGGUGUCGACACGACUAUUGUUGAGAUCGAUCCCGUCGUGCAUGAGUUUGCCUCCAAGUAUUUUCAGCUGCCGUUGAACCACACUUCCGCUAUCGCCGACGCCGUGAGCUACACGCGUCAGCUCGUCGAUAACCCUGACGCCAGAUUCGAUUAUAUCGUUCACGAUGUCUUCACCGGAGGGGCCGAGCCUGUCCCGCUGUUCACCCUCGAGUUCCUCCAGGGCCUAAACUCGCUCCUCAAGCCCGACGGCGCUAUCGCUAUUAACUACGCCGGCGACUUCCUUCACCCGGCGCCGAAGCUCAUUGUCGACACCAUCAAGCAAGUGUUUCCCUCGUGCCGCAUUUUCCGCGAGUCGGAACACCCCACCAAGGAGAAGAUCGCCGAGGACGGCCAGGACUUCACCAAUAUGGUCAUUUUCUGCAAGAAGACGAGCGGCAAGCUCAAGUUCCGGGCCCCCGUCGAAGACGACUUCCUCGGCAGCCGCACGCGCCGCGCCUUCCUGAUGCCCUACCACGAGGUCCUCGACAAGCACUUCCUCGAGGGCGACUUUGGCAUCCUGACAAACAACAAUACCGAGCAGCUGACUAAAUGGCACGAGAAGAGCGCGCUGGGUCACUGGGAGGUCAUGCGGAUUGUCUUGCCUGACAAGAUCUGGGAGAUGUGGUAA